AAAAUUUUCCCAAAUUUGAGAAAAAAAAUAGAAAGAAAUUCUAUAGACAACCUUAGACGACACCGUUUUUUUUUUUCUCGAUGAGUCGGACUUUGCUUGUUGUUUUCCCCGUUGAGAGUUCAGAAUUCAGAUAUUCCCUUCGUGUGUUUCGUAACUUAUUCGGUAUCCUUAAAUCGCAACUCAAAACCCUAGCCAUUGAAUUUGGGCACGGAUCUUCUCCCACGCUAUCUCAGGUAACAUGCCUGAGAAUCCACUGCAGACCUUGUUCCAUAACAUUGAACAAGUCUCAAGCUUUGUUCAACACCAUCUCUCUAAUUUCAUAGGCCUUCAUCACCACCCAUCUUCAGGACCCCUCUUGUCCAUCUCUUCCUCCACCAAAGGCCCACUUUCAAAAACUGCAACUUCUGUACAACUCGCUGAUACUGCUGUCAAGGAAAAGUCUGCUGCCCCAGUGACUAAGGAAGAGCUUGGAAGGGCUACUUGGACUUUCCUUCACAUUCUUGCAGCUCAGUACCCGGAUAAUCCUACAAGACAACAGAAGAAGGAUGUAAAAGAACUGGUACAGAUGUUACCUCGAAUAUACCCUUGCAGGGAAUGUCGAGAUCACUUUAAAGAAGUUCUUAGAGCAAAUCCUGUACUGACUGGAUCACAUGCUGAAUUUUCUCAGUGGCUAUGUCAUGUGCAUAAUGUUGUUAAUAGAAGCCUUGCCAAACCGAUAUUCCCCUGUGAACGAGUUGAUGCAAGGUGGGGCAAACUGGACUGUGAACAGAAUGCAUGUGAAAUUAUUGGAAGUACAUCAAUUUUUGGGAGGAUAUGGCAGAAAUCUACGUAAAAAUGAUUGCCACACAUACUAUGUGAGAUGUGUUAAAUUUUGACCUUUAGAAAAAUGGUUUAGAUAGGCCAAGGGUUAUUUGAUGGCAUUACACCGGAGUACGUGAAUACAUAUUCAUAACUCGAAUUAUUUUAGAAAAUUAAUAGUUAAGCCCGGUUUAUAUUGAUUUUUUGAGCAUCACAAUCAGAGAUGUAGUUGCCAGAGCUUGUCAAUUCUUUACAAGAAUUAUUCUAUGUGCUCGUGCGUUGUGUAAUAUUUUAAUCCCUUUGUAACUGAUUUCGUUAAUAGGAAUAUUGUUUCCUUACAUCCCGACCGGAUGACAUAAUGAUUAGACAUUGUGUGCUCACACGUUGUGGGAUGAUUCAUAAAUAGCGAAAAAAUCUUGUGUUUUA